ACAGGAAGCUAAUUCCAGGAUGCCCGUGUCUGAUCUAGUGUUCUCUCGCCAGCGUAUAUCUGUAUUCUUGUCUACACAUACUGCUUAUGAUUUGCUUCCCGAGUCAGGGAAGAUCAUUGCCUUGGAUAUAAAUUUACCUGUGAAGCAAGCAUUCCAUGUUCUUUAUGAACAGGGCGUAUCUAUGGCUCCUCUAUGGGACUUUAGCAGGAGUCAGUUUGUUGGAGUUCUUAGUGCAAUGGACUUCAUUCUAAUACUGAAAGAGCUGGGAAAUCAUGGUUCGAAUUUGACUCAAGAACAACUUGAGACUCAUACUAUAGCAGCCUGGAAAGAGGGAAAAUUACUGCUACGCAGAACACUUGAUAGUAAUGGAGGAUCACAUCCCUGACGAUUUGUUCAUGGUUGUAAGCAGACAUAUUCUGGAAUGCAUUUAAGUCCUAGACAAUAUGAAUAUCUUGUAAGCUAGGAAGUUCUGACACGGCGUUGGAACCGCGCUUCCCUGUUUCGGAGGCGCACCAGACACGGACACCUGCCGGAAGCGCGUACGAUGCGGUGUCAGACACUGUUAUUUGGGCCGGACACAACCUUCUCUCUGGACGCACGGAAAAUAUACGUUUGCGUUGGUAAAAAAAGUUACGUGAAAAAGAAAAACAAGAAAACAAAACC